CGGAUGCCCGGCAGAUGGGCUGGCUUUUCGGAGCGCUCACAUGGACAUACUGUAGCACAGCCGCGCAGUUACGCGGGAGCGGACGUACGCGGGUGCAUCUGUAUGUAACGUUUCCCCCAAGUUUCCGUUUUUCUUUUCUUUUCUCUCAUUUCAUUUUUUCUGUUCCAGGACCAAGUCCCGGUCAUGGCUUGGCCGUGUAUCAGCAGAGUGUGUUGCCUGUCUCGGUUCUGGAAUCAGUUUGAUAAAUCUGAUCUCUCGGUGCCUUUGACGAUUCAGAACUACUCUGAAAUCUCGGAGGAAGAGGUGCGAUCUAUUACUAAACAAGUCCCGGCGGACAGAGCGCUGGCGAGCGACGCUUCGGGACUAGAUCACAGAGGAUCACAAGCGGUCCAGGAUCCUGGGAAUGGCAGACGGGUCGAGCCGGGCUUCAAGCCCCGCGAGGAUUACCAUCCCUCCGGCGUGCCUUUCCCGGGAGUGACCCAGUACAAGCAGGAUUUCAAGCCGUGGCCCAUUCCGAAAAAGGAUAACUUCCCGUGGGUCGGCGAUGUUGGCGGCAUCAGGGCUUUUCAGAAUAACAACCCCAGCAAUCAUGAGCCCAAUCCGAACCAGCUAAUCGCAGAGAGAGAGGAGCGAGCGGAACUUCAGCGUGGGCAGCAGCCCGCGGAUGUCGCUAAAACCAGCUCCUACAGGCAGGAAUACCAGCCAUGGACUGGGGUAAGACCUUCCAAGUCAGCUUGGAAGAAGCCCGCCUACAUGUAUCCCGACUCUGAAAUCGCGUCAGAGACCAGCUACCGGGCCGCCUACAGCGGAGACGUCUUCAGACACAUGGAGACGCUGCAGGUGGAUUACGCGCAGAAGACCGCCCUGCCCGCAAACGGAGAUCCCCAUGCGGGGUUAAAGAGCGAGGCGAGUUACCCCCAUCAUAUUCUGCUAUAUCACUGAGCCUAAAAUCCUUACAUUAAAAAAUCAUAGUCAGCUGAUAAGUUUUCUCAGAUAUGCGCACUGAGCGAGAGGAAGCGUCUGUAAAGCCGUCUGGCGCCACGGUUAGCGAAUCUGAGGGUUCGAUCAGGGCAGACCCGCUCUCUCUUUCUCCCACACACAUACAUACAUACACGCAUGCAGAAAGUCUGGACUGUAUGCGUCAGUAUAACC